GACCUAAUGCACUCGAUCUCCCUGGAGAACUCCUGAUGCUGGACAGCUCCAUCGAUAAAAUGCGAUGCCAUUCGAAGUUCUGGUAAGGUGGGGUACGCUGAAAGCAACCGGUCUUCCUUCUUCUUUCUAUCAUUCGAUGUAAAGCGUAGCACGUAUGCCAAAAUCCGCUGCGUUUUCCGGAAGGAGCUAUACUUUGUCAAGAGUGGGAAUUCUUCGUAGUUCAUCACGACAUCUCGACAUCCGUAAGAGUAAUUGGUUCCUCUUCUUGGUAGUCGACGGUACGUAAAAAGUGAGGUCCAUUCCACCAGAGGUAAUUUUCUGCUAAUUCCUUGGCAGCUUGUCCUCGUGACACACUGUCCGCUGGAUUCAGGUCGGUCCGAACGAACUUCCAGACAAUAUGCUUGUGGGACGUAAUCUCUGCAACUCUGUGGCGAACAAACACUUGAAGACUAUCAAGCGGCUUUCGUAGCCAUGCCAGUACAACCUGGCUAUCGGACCACAAUAUCGUAGACAUGAAGUUCAUUUCUAAUGCUUCUUCAACCUUACUAUUUAAUCUUGUUAGAAGUCGAGCGGCUAGUAACUCUUUUCUCGGAAUCGUCACAGGUGUGAUCGGUGCUAUUUUAGACUUCGCGCUGGCUAGCCUCAAUGAUGCUCUGCCAUCAGGAAAAAUCGACCUCACGUAUACGCAAGCACCGUAUGCCUUCUGGGAGGCAUCGGCGAACCCAUGAAGCUCGUAGUGGAUAGCUUCGCUCGAUAUAACUUGGCGCGGAAUCCGAAUCUGCUCACGAGAUGGCAGCGAUAUUAAAAAGCUUUCCCAUUGGUUCAGAAGGCCAUCGUCCAACGGAUCGUCCCAUUUCAGCUUACAAAUCCAUAGAUUUUGCAUCAGAAUCUUCGCCACUACUACCACAGGAGAAAUAAGACCAAGAGGAUCGAAAAUCUUGGCGAUUUCGGACAGAACUUGUCGCUUUGUUGGUCCUUUGAUCUUCUCUGGAGAUUGCGAUCGGAACAGGAAUUCAUUAGUAGAAGGGUUCCACAUUAAACCCAAUGUUUUAAUAAUGUCGUUGAUACCGCUGUCACCAAGUGAAACGCAUCGCUCUCUGUCUUCAUUGGGAAUAGGAUCCAAAAGGCUAUCAUCGUUGGAAGACCACUUGUGUAGAUGCAUCCCACCGGACUUCAGUAGGCCUAUCAGUUGGUCCCGAAGUUCACACGCUUUUCCAUAAUCGUCGGAACCAAACAGUGCAUCAUCGAUGUUGAAAUUCCUUUCCACGAUCAUCGGUGCGAGAGGGAAUCUGUGUCGUUCAUCGCGAGCUAAUUGAAGAAGAGCCCGCGUUGCCAAGAAUGGGGCCGCCGCUGUACCAUAUGUCACUGUUGAUAACUCGAGGACUCGCAGAGGAUCUUGAGGGGACCUUCGCCAGAAAAUCCGCUGUAAUGGAGUGAAGGCGGGGUUGAUCAGCAUCUGACGAUACAUUUUUGAUACGUCUGCACUCAAAACGUAUCGAAACUUUCGAAAGCGAAGAAUUAUGGACAGCAAAUCGCUCUGCACUGUAGCACCGACCAUCAUCACGUCAUUGAGUGAAAAUCCAAACACCUUGGCCGAUGCGUUGAACACAACUCGACAUUUGGUAGUCGUUUUUGAGGGACGUAAAACAGCAUGAUGAGGAAGAUAAAACUUCAAUAUUCCAGGGGGGUCAUCAUGCUCGUUGAUCUCGUGGCAAUGCCCAAGAGUCUCGUACUCAUCCAAGAAGGCGUCGUACUGGACUUUCAAAUCUGGGUUACGUUGUAGCUUCGAUUCCAACAUGUGAAAUCUCCGCAAGGCCAUAGAACGAGAAUCUGCCAGCUGGGGAGCGUUGUCCUUCAGCGGUAGAUGGAGGAUAAAUCGACCACUGUCAUUUCGACGAUACGUUGCAGUGAAGUGUGCUUCGCACUGCUCCUUCUCGCUCGAAGGAACCAUCUCUGGUGAAACGCUUUCCACUUCCCAAAAUUUAUGCAAAAGCUCUUCCAUUGGAUCGACGCUAACAGCGCAGGAGUUCAUCGCAAGGUUUGAACAGGACCUCUCGAGAUGCUUACCACCCACUAACCAUCCCAGUUGGGAGUUAUGAAGGCUAGGUAGGUCGUCGUUUAGUUUUAAGCAUCCUGGUUUCAUUAUAUCAUAGAACCAGUCCAUGCCAAUAAGCUAGUCAAUUUGGCUGGGUUCAUGGAACGACGGAUCAGCCAGUUUUAUACCUUGUGGCAGUUCCCAAUUGUCCAAAUUUAUCUUUACCGAUGGAAUGCGACCGGUGAUUUUCGGUGAGACCAAGCAAUUCACGAGGAAUGAGUAGUCAUUACAUCUAGAGCGGACAUUUAUGGUGCAUUUCUGUUUUAUAGUUGAUUUCACACUGCCAAUGCCUGUUAUCGGGACACUUACUUCUUCCACUUUAAUCCCAAGAGUAGCGACCAGUGAUUGCGUUACAAAACUCACUUGGGAUCCGCAGUCUAACAGGGCUUUGCACAAACGCUGAUGUUGAUCAUCCACUUGAACAAGGGCGGUUAGUAAGAUCACCUGACUCGCCAAAUUCAUCGGGUUGUUAGUGUGUACUGCCGUAACCAAUGGCUGGGUCUCCGGUUGCUUAUUGGACUCCGGUGCUUUACUGGAGCCAGGAAUUCCAAUCGCAGAGUUUGGGUUAGACUGCGAAUGCUUCUCUUCACUGCUCUCACUCGAAGGCCUCGUCGAGCUGGCAUUGCCCUCCAAGUGCAACGAUGUGUGAUGCUUCUUGUUGCACCUAAAGCAAGACUUCUUCCCAGGCCGUUGCGGUGUUGGCCUUCGAAACUGCAGAUUUUCCUGUUAGUUGUUUCGCUGUUCCUCGCUGGGACCGAGAUUCUUCGUUUGAACCCUGACAUCUCUCCAGAACUGAGACGCGGUCCUUCAAAAACUUGAUGGUGUUUUCGUAGGUGGGAAGCUCGCCUCGCUUUAUUGUUGAUUCCCACUCUUUCUUCGUUGUCACAUCCAAAGAACGAGCGACAAGAUGAACGACAAUUAGCUCCGACACACCUGUGAAUUGCUGGUUGAGGAACUUGAGAUUCCCCACGUGACCGCUAAUAGUUUCGACCAGUGUUCUCAGAUCGGCAAAAUCAUCCUUCGGUAUUUUCUUUGUUCCGAGUAAGCCAGCGAUGUGAAUGUCGAUCAUUCGCCUUUUAUCCUCGAAACGCUCCUAUAAAAGUUUCCAGGCGUGUUCGUAGUUCCCGUCGCUAAUCGUCUUCACAUCGAUAAGCCCCAUUGCGUCACCAACGAGAGCCUUCUCAAGAUGGUACAGCUUUAUGCGUGGUGCUUCGUUGGUACGGUCCACGGCGUCGCGAAACAUGAUUUUAAAUUUUUCCCAGUACUCGUAUCUCCCGUCAAACGUGGGAAUCGCACGAGGAAGGGACUGCUGGAUUACCACCGGUUGCUGAUUCCCAGCGACUUGGGCCAUUUGUUGGAGCUUAUUCUGUGGAGGUGCUGUCAGAUUCCCGAGCCAGGUUUCGAGAAUAGUUGAUACCUCUUCAUGUAACGUUUCAAAACUCAAGUACUUUGCAUCCUGCUCUUCUCGUUUGUUGAUUGGAAGACUGGCCACAACUUGCUGAUGUAACUGGUGAUAUCCGGUGUUUGCGGUUUCCACCUUUUUGAUAUAGACCUUUACUUGAGCAGGAGUUAGUUCAGUCUGAUCCGCUUCGGCUCGAGCCAAGAUGUUCUUGAUUCGAGUGACAUUUCCUUGAGCCAUUCCACGCAUGUGGACCAGCGUAUUCAAUGCAGCUUCUGCCUCUUCAUUGCCCUUAUUGGUUAUGGCUGGCGUAUGCAUCGUCGUCGUUUUCACACUUCACUUUUAGUCUCUUCGAUUGUUUAACUUUCACUUAUGAGUUCUUUGAAUGUUUUUAGCGUUGUUUCACUUUCAAUCUCCGUGUUUGCCUCCGACCUCCAACAUCCAUCCCACACUCCGAUGUAACAGUUCGCAAUCGCCGGGUGACGAAUCAAAAGAUGAACCAAAUACGCUCAAGGUUGAGUAUCCGGUUCGAAGGACCAAAAAAUAUGUUAGAGCUGCAGUGGACUGUGACUGCGCCGGUCGGUAAACGUUGCUUGCGUUCCCAGCGGGAACCAAGCCGGAUGGGAACAGGACCCUUUCGUUCCUUCCCAGGAGGGCAACUAGAUUGGCCGGACUCCUUUGAUCGGCUUCGUCUCAUGAAGCCGCGACGUGAUUGGCCUGGACCAGCCCACUUGGCUAGCGGCAAUCAAACUCGAAGAUAUGAGCCUUGAAAAAGACUCUCAAAAACUCUUCAAUUUCAAUUAACUCUUACGGGUGGAGACGGAGGACAGAAUGUUCGGCGGUCGGGUUCAAACACAGAACUACUGUUUACACGGAUUUAUUCAUUUUUCUCUUCUUCUUAUUCUUAAUAUCUAUUCUUCGCGUUGAAGCUCUUCGCGGUGACGCAACUUUUGCCCACCGAUGCUGCUGCUACUGCUGCUACUAUUAUUGCUGCUAUUGUUCUCCUUAUACUGUCUGCUUUCUACUGUUUAUCGUAUCGCGGUUGGAAAAAUACUAAUAAAUGCUGUCGCAUCUGUUGCUCUUUUAUAUCAUUCCGCAGUGCUAAAGUAUACAAAGGGGCGGGGCUGAAUCUCACACCGCUGUUUACCUACUGCGACGCAAUUAGUAGAUAUAAAGCGUUCGCUCGCUGCCACUCUGUCGCUUCAGUUCGAACAGGUUGGACUGAACAGAACCGCUGACAUAACGCACGUAAAAGCAACAUCAUCAACAGCAGAAUACGUGACACCUGUCAGUUCGUAAAGUGGUCUGGUGUGUUUCGAUAUUGAUGAAGUAUCGCUGGUAAAACAUCGAUACCAAAUAUCCGAGUAUCGGAAGUAGAAGGAUCGAUUCUGUAUUAGUAUCGGUGGUAUCGCAACGUCCCUAGUGGUAGCGGUGUCAGCGGUAGGUGCAGCGGCACUACUUCAUCUAUUAGAAAACUGAUAUACUGCUAAACAUGGGUAUUUUCGGAGCCGGGAGGACAUCCAGAAGCCAGAAAUCGACUCCAGAUGCCAUUUUGAAAUCCAAAGUGGCAACUGUUUUAUGUAGACCUACGUCAACUUUGCGGUCGUGGAUUUGCGCACAACUCGUAUGAUUUUUUAGGUGCUCAUCUAGUAGGAAUCUGAGAGCUCGCAUGUUGGGAAAAAUUUGUCAUAGUAAUUAAUGGUUCUAAGGAGGGAGCGUCCUUCCGUGAUGUCUUUCGGCAACGAUAGCUCCUUGAUGGCCUGAAUUUUGGCUGGAUUUGGUCUGAGUCCAAGGCGAUCCGUAUUUUUAGAUCAAUUGGCAUGGAACCGUUCAAAUUCCAACGUAUACAAAGCCUAGUUGGACGAGGAAAAAUGACGUGUAUUCGAUAUUUCUGAGUUUCUGGAAAACUAAGUUUGAGUUUUCUUCGCGAAACAACGAAGUUCGUUUAUUGAACCAGAUUCGAUGCUUAUCGAAAUCUCACCUCGCUGAUUCAGAAAUAUUUUCACGUGUAAUCCCUUAACGCGGAUGUCUGGGUUCAGAGGAAACAUUUUAGGUUGUAUUUCUUUAUACUCAGUGUCCGCUGCGCAUCCGGAGCCACGAUUUUCUGAGUAUUUUGGGAGGGUCGAUUCUCUCAAACUUGGAUUUUUAUUGGGCUGAUAGUUUACGCUGGCGUUGAGCGAUUGCGCAUGAAUCAGAUGUUUCAUCGCAACCCGGUAGGGUUGGCUCUCGCAAGAAACAACAACACUGCCGUUUUCUGUUAUCUAUUUUUUUUUUGUCACAGUCACAUCUUUGAAAAGAUAAGAUAAGCGCUGAGUUUUCUGGCUUGCGCGGGGAUACUUGAAUUUACUUAUCGUCCAACAUUUCUGGGUGAGGUUGUGUAAGGUGAUCACUGAUGAGUUCAGUACUGUAGUGAUUCGGUCUGGAGACGAGCCGGAUUUUAUUCUCGGGUUUGUCAGUAAUUCACAGGAGUUUGAAGAGGGUAUACGAAUUCCUUUCGUUGACGACGUUCUCAGUCAAUACGCAGAACAGUACGGUAGCACACCCCCGAGGACCCGAAUAAAGAACAAAAGCAGAAGUUCGCGACAGAGAAUGGAAGGAAACGUCAGAAUGCGUGCCGGUCGUUUGGCGCGGCCACGUGCUGAUCGUCGCAACACGGUUGAUUGUGCGCUGUUGAAUCAAAUGAUUAUGGAACCCGAUGGGGAGGAGAAAGUUCGCAGCGACAAACGCUCGACGCAGCUUCUUCGUGAAUCGGAGCGCGAGAUCAAAAUGGCGGCCGGAGGCCCCGCUGUAAUAACCAGGAAUUCGGCCAAUUUUGGUCCAUUUGUUGGAUCUAUUGAGGAACGAGCCGAAAGCAUGCCCAUCACUCGCGCUGCUGCACGUAAUAUAUCGCCCAAUAGAAUGCCAGCUUUAAUAGAAUCCUGUAAUCGCUUCAUGAGCGUUAAAAGUCGUCCCAUUGGAUGCAGAACUUCUGCUCCUCCGUCGGCAUUUGCGAAUUUUCGCGAUUGCCCUGCCAACGCAAGAACGGAGAUACCUCAAAACAGAAUUGCGUUUCACGAAACUUUCUCCAAUUUAAUCAAACUAGGAAGCAUUGAUAAGGAUCGCACCAACCGAAACGUGGUAUCGACGGAAGAUCGAAUCUGGCAGACAAAAGCAAACGACCUGAUAUGGCUCGAGUUGCAAGCUUGGCAUGCGGACCGAUCGGUUGAACAACAGGAUAAGAUUCUUUGUCAGGCUAGAAAUGAAAUAGAGACGCUACUGGAGGAAAUAAUGAAUUUUCGGUUCCAGAGGCACUUAGCUCGGAACGUCAGUGAGGUGAGCACGGCGGACAGUGGUUUCGGUUCCGAAACCACUGGUUCCGCAGUGAAUGGUGAAAACGUACGUGAAUUUUGCUUCGGUUGCCUAUCGAUGUACUGUAAAGAUUGUCUUGAGAUACAGACGAUUGCACUGAAGCAGGUGGAAGACCUAUUACUACGGCUGGAAUCCAAGGAGAGUCUUUUUCCCUCGUCCAAAGCGAUGGGAAUGGCUUUCGAGCUGUACCAGAGCGAAGAGUUUGUGGGUCGCGUAAAAGCGAUGUGUUUAUGGUACAAUAUGACGAGACAGCACCGGAUGACGCUGCUCAUCUUGGGUAAACUGCUGGCAAGGCUCCAAGGCAGCAAGAAGUCCUACCAUUGGCCCAUAAUGGAAACGGAUAGCUCAACGAGUUCUUCUGUGCAGGAAGAGAACUGUGAAGUUGGUGAUAGUGGACAGAGCGAGUCGACAUCCAGCUACGCUGGAAGCUGUUCUGGUAGACGUGUUCAGUUUCUGGAGGAGGGAAGUGCCACUGAAAGUGCUAACAGUGAUGAAUCUGGUCGUGAGUACUCGGACCUGGAAGAUUUUUCUAACCGUCGCCCUUACGCAUUUUCCGGUGACACCGAAAUGAGCCAGUAUAUGAACUCGUUAAAUUUGUAUAGUGUCAAUUCGAUAACAGAGGUGACCUCGCACACGGGCAACAAUUCUACCACUUUAUACAGAAGAUACAUAGAAAAUGUGCUCAAGUGUCGUGGUCUUGGAAAGUCCCUAACUUUCCUGCACCGGUUGCACAACGUUGUUCUACGCAAGGCACAGUUGACGCUGGAAAAGCCGGAUACCCAGGACCACGAGGAUGAUAGUUUGUUCGUCGAAGAAGAUGUGCCUUGCAUUGAACCACCACUCGAUAAAGAACAGGAAAAAGAACUGCGUCGUUAUGGCGCCUGGAGCGCGGAGGCAAAAGCCCUUAAGUUGCCCUCAUACGUACCGGCGUUUAUUUUCCUCUCGCUGAUUCCGUUGGAGGUGAUUCAGGAAUUUUUAAAAAUGCGCCUUGAAACACGGCAUGUACAGCCGAAUCCUCUCAGCUUGGAACAACAUAUUAAGGAACUGAAAGAAGGUCUUACGUUGGCUAUGAUCCACCGUGAUCGGUUUCAGAAACACAUCAACACCGCCAUGUGUGAUCGAGAGGCGGAACUGGACAAGUACAUCGCAGUGUUGGAAACCUUCGAUGGGACUGUGAAAAAUAUAUUUGAAUUGUACUUAGAAUAUGCGGAACAGUGGAUUCUAGUGGCUACACCGGAGGGUCAUCAGAAAUCGGCCCUGGACGAAGAGUGGCGUUUUACCAAACUGGUUUGUCCGAUGAUUCCAGGUCAGCAUGCUACGGCUGCCAAGCGGUUCUGUAACAUAGUGGAGAAAGUGCUGGAGGAUACGGGUUCUAAAAUGAUCAAACGCUUGCGUGAGCUGGAGGAUCAAAGUAAACGUAUAGAUAACAGUGUGAAGGAUCGGUCGGGUAAAAAGUGGCAAUUUUUGGCGCUUUGUCGUGAAACACAGGAGGUGCUCACGUUCGCUCGAGAAAGGACCAUGAAAACGAUGGUCUUUGCUAAAGGUUUGUUUCGCGAUUUAGAAAACUGUGACUUCCAUCGAGAUCACUGCGAUGAUGGCGAGGAGGAACACAUGGACGACGUGGUACUGAGAAACUCCGGUCCGGGGCACAGAAAGAGCCCAGUGUGCCAGGAAGUGGUUGAAAUUUUACGCCUAGUAAAGAAAAACGCCUUAUUGUUUCGGAACAAGUUGACGUUGAUAAUCGAGAAUUUACAGAAUGAGUGCAGUGUGCGAAAUAUGGCUGAUUUGGAGGAGAACGACCGAGUUGCGGUACUUUCGAGAACGCGUGAGAUUUUGCACCAGGGAUACAAGUUCGGAUUCGAAUUCCACAAAGAUUUGGCGAGGCUAUACGAAACCAAGGCGGAGAACUGUCGAGAUCCGGAAAGUGAGCUGAAGUUGUCGAACGCAAUCGUACAAUUUGCUAAGCUUUGGAUGAAGUUUGUCAUGGAACGGUGCGAACGGGGCAGAGGACUAAGACCCCGGUGGGCUAAUCAGGGUUUGGAGUUUCUGAUUUCCGCUUGUGAUCCGCAAUGUACGAGCCAUUUGAGCAAUUCCGAAUUUGAAGAUCUUAAGUCUAAAAUGGAUGCAUGCAUUUCGCAUGUCAUUGGUAGUAUCAAAGAGGAGCGAUCGCGACGUUCACCUAGGUCAAGGAAAGGGUCUCCCGCUCCAUCUCCGACACCAGGACGAGCUUCGAUUCCAACGAUUGCGCUUAGUAAGGCAUACCAGAAUCAGCUCAGCUUGCGAGAGGAUGGUGUAAUGCUACGUCCGCAUCAUCUUCACGAGUCUCCGGAUGUCUAUAGGAAGCAAACCUCGUACGAAAGCCAGGAAAUAAAGAUUCGAGUACCGACGGAAACGUUGCUGGGUACGAAACCGCUGAGGCAGUUGCGUGUGCGUGAUGCAAUCAAUAAGCUCGACAAUGAAAUGCAUGAAAAAUUGCGAGACAGGAACCUGAUUGGCAAUGUGAAGGAGAUAAGUUACUGUGAUAAGGUACUUAACCGAGCUCGCAGCGUAAACUUCAGCUGGCAUCGCGGCAUCAAGAUAGGCCAGGGACGCUUCGGAAAGGUGUAUACUGCGGUGAACAAUUCGACCGGUGAGUUGAUGGCGAUGAAGGAGAUUGCCAUUCAACCGGGUGAAACAAGUGCAAUCCGGAAGGUUACGGAAGAGCUGAAAAUCUUCGAGGGCAUCAGUCAUCGCAAUUUGGUGAAGUACUAUGGAGUUGAAAUUCACAGGGAAGAAUUACUUAUUUUUAUGGAACUGUGUCCGGAAGGCACACUGGAAAGUUUGGUCGAGCUAAAUGACGGUCUGCCUGAAGCACACGCUCGUCGUUACUCAAAUCAGUUAGUAUGCGGCGUUGAGGAAUUACAUCGCCACGGAGUGGUCCAUCGUGAUCUGAAGACGGCCAACAUUUUCUUGACCAGAGAUGGCAACUGUUUGAAACUGGGAGAUUUCGGAUCUGCUGUUAAAAUCCAGGCGCACACCACGAUGCCAGGCGAACUGAAGGGAUAUGUUGGAACUCAAGCUUACAUGGCACCGGAAGUUUUCACCAAAACAAAUAGCGAAGGCCACGGUCGGGCAGCUGACAUUUGGUCUGUUGGCUGUGUCGUUAUCGAAAUGUGCAGCGGAAAGCGCCCUUGGCAUCAGUUCGACUCAAACUUUCAAAUCAUGUUCAAAGUCGGAAUGGGUGAACGCCCAGAAAUACCGGAUUGUCUUUCUGAAGAGGGUCAAGAAUUUGUGGAAAGCUGCUUGCAGCAUGAUCCAAAACUGCGACGAACGGCAGCAGAACUGCUGCAACACAACUUUUGCAAGGUCAGUGACGAUAGUGUAGACGAUUUGGACAUGGAAACGCGACGGUCUUUUCGACGUAAUCUCAACUCGACGUCGUCCGCUAAGUCGCAAUAAAUGUUUAGCUCGCGAAAGUCAUCGCCACGCGGGAGCCAGUUAAACCUACUUUUUACUACGAUUACGAGUAUCAUAAAGACUGUUCAGUAUUGAAGUUUGAACCGAACAAAGAUAGAAAGGACAUUAUUACUUAAUCUCAUGGUAAACCAAGUUUUAUACACAUUCCACGAUGUUCCGUGCAAGAGCAAACCAUUAAUGUUAGUCGUUAGACUAUAUCCAGAGGAUAUUUAGUGGGCAUUCGUUUCACUAGUACUCUUAUACACCAAUGCUUGAACAACAUUAUGGCGACCGAAUACAGCGUCGUUAUUAGUAUGUUUUAAUUAUACUGUUAAUCACAAAAGCACUUAACGCGUAGGAUAUUUUCUUUUCUGUCCGAACAUAACACUGACAUCGUUGCGGUAAAACUUUAUUUGCCGUUACAUACAGAAUCCCUAUGGAAUUUUAGUAAGCGAUUUUCUAUUUGUUCUCCUGUUUGGUUUAGAUUGAUGUUGGAAUCAUACGCCAGGUUUUCGUUCCUAACCAUAUGCGAAUAAAGUUUUGGGGAAAUUAACGCCAGAUAAUUGUGAUCAUUAUAGGGUAAACUAUUCAACAACAGGUAGAUUAUAAUACUUAGUUUCACCUUUUAAAUGUAAGAUUUUCAAUCAUAUUCAACGUAAUUCUCUAAGCGUCUUAUUCACUUUUAUAUAUAUUUGAUAUAUAUUGUAUCUGAACACGUAACUAUAUGUGGUAGUUUAUUUUCCCUCUCAGACUUCUGCAGAUUUUCCGUGCUAAAGGUUGUGUUGUUGAUACGGAAUCUUCUGUUCCAUUCUAUGGAAAAAGCG